GUCUUGCGAUCGUGAAACUUACGCAGAGAAAGAUCAGAAUCGAAGAGAACAUUGACAUAUAAAAGAGUCACCUUCGCGAGCUCGUGUCUCUCUCCGAUAAAGCAAUGAGUCUAUUUGGGCUUGGAAGAAAUCAAAAGACUUUCCGUCCUAAAAAGAGUGCACCAUCAGGAACCAAGGGAGCACAGCUUCGAAAGCAUAUAGAUGCAACUUUAGGUAGUGGGAAUCUUAGAGAAGCCGUAAAACUUCCUCCGGGAGAGGAUUUAAACGAAUGGCUUGCCGUUAACACCGUGGAUUUCUUUAAUCAGGUGAAUCUGUUAUUUGGUACACUUACCGAGUUUUGUACCCCGGAGAACUGUUCUACAAUGACUGCUGGUCCCAAGUACGAAUACAGAUGGGCAGAUGGUGUACAGAUCAAGAAGCCUAUCGAGGUUUCAGCUCCAAAGUAUGUUGAAUACCUAAUGGAUUGGAUCGAGACACAACUCGAUGAUGAGACCAUAUUUCCUCAAAAACUUGCUUUUCCUCCAAACUUCAAGGAAGUGGUGAAGACAAUCUUUAAAAGAUUGUUCCGAGUUUACGCACACAUUUACCAUUCCCAUUUCCAGAAAAUCGUUAGUCUCAAAGAGGAAGCUCAUCUCAACACUUGCUUCAAACACUUCAUCCUCUUCACUCAUGAGUUUGUUCUCAUUGACAAGAAAGAACUCGCUCCUCUUCAAGAACUCAUAGAAUCUAUCAUUGCACCUUACUAAACGAAACAAAACCCAAAUCCUCUGUCCAAUUACAAAACUUUUUUUCUUAUUCAUGGUAAUAAGUUUUUAACUUUUAACACCAACUGUAAAUUGCUGUUUCUUGGAUUUAUUUGAAUGGUUUCAAUCUAAUAUUCCACGAGAAAUACAUAUUUGGUCA